AGUCGCGAGUUGAGCGUCGCGUAGUGAGGUCAUAUUGUGUCGGUUCGUUUUCAACAUUGCCAAGGUAUUGUUUAUCCUCAUCGAACAACUAAAAAACCAAUUUAUUUCAAUCCUUCCGUGGGACAGCGCUGUGAUUUUUCUAUCGUAAAGGAAAUCCACUCGGAAUAUACAGGAGCCGACGAAUUAACGUUACAAAAGUUGGUGAAACGAGGUGAAGAUCAAAAGCGAAGACGGAAUCGUUACCAGAGUUGCUUCGAUUUUAUACGUAACCUGGACCAAGAUUUCGAGAGCGGUACAUCGAACUGCCCAGGACAAAACACAGAAUUUAAAAUGCAGACGAAUGGUGGUUCGGAAAAUGGGAGCUCCGAAAACGGAGUCGAUCGCACCGGUUGGACGGUGGGCUUGAUAAAUGGUCGUUUCAAGUACCUGACAGCGGAGACCUUCGGUUUUAAGAUAAACGCGAACGGAGCAAGUCUAAAGAAGAAGCAACUGUGGACCCUGGAGGGCAGUGAGCACCAGGUAUUUCUGCGUUCGCAUCUAGACCGUUACUUGGCCGUUGAUCAGUUUGGCAACGUCACCUGCGAAGCCGAGGACACUGCCGAUCCUGGAUGCGCAUUUCAGAUCCAGGUCGCAGCUGACGGAAACGGUAGGUGGGCUCUGAAGAAUAUUCAGAGAGGCUACUUCCUGGGAUCAAGUCAAGACGAGCUGAAAUGCACCGCUAAGGUUCCCGGUGAUGCUGAAUAUUGGCUUGUACACCUGGCUGCGAGACCCCAGGUGAAUUUGAGAUCCGCGGGUCGCAAGCGAUUCGCUCAUUUGAGCGCGGCUCAGGAUGAGAUUCACGUAGACGCCCCUGUUCCAUGGGGCGAGGACACUUUAUUCACCCUUGAAUUCCGCCCCGCUGCAAUGCCCGACGCUGUUGACGGGAAUUCCGACAGCAGACGAGAGGUACGAAGUGAAGCAGGUAUCGGGGGACACUACGCCCUUCACACUUGUAACAACAAGUACUUGGCUCGUGAUGGAAAACUACUCGAUUCUUGCACUCGCGAUUGUCUUUACGCCGCAGAAUUUCACGCUGGAAUGCUCGCUCUCAGAGAUGUAAGCGGUGCGUAUUUGGCACCCAUUGGCAGCAAGGCUGUUCUGAAAUCAAGAUCCAACACCGUAACUCGUGAUGAGUUAUUCUCUCUCGAGGAUUCACUUCCUCAGGCUUCCUUCGUGGCGGCUCUGAAUCAGCGAUACGUUUCCGUGAAGCAGGGAGUUGACGUUACGGCAAAUCAGGAUGAAAUAUCGGGCCACGAAACGUUCCAAUUAGAAUUCGACAGGGCAACGAAAAGAUGGUAUCUUCGAACGAUGCAAGAUCGUUAUUGGACCUUGGAAGCCGGAGGAGGUAUUCAAGCAUCGGAUCACAAGCGAUCGUCGAACGCUCUUUUCGAUCUUGUCUGGCAGCCGGCUGACGGAACUGUCGCUCUUCGGGCAAACAACGGGAAAUUUUUAGCAACCAAAAGGUCUGGACAUCUUUACGCUAAUGCGGAUGCAGCUGGAGACUCGGAAGCCAGCAAAUUUCACUUCUACCUCAUGAACAGACCAGUUUUAGUACUCAGGUGUGAACAGGGCUUCGUUGGUCUUAAGAGUAACGCAAGUCCUAAACUUGAAUGCAAUAAAGCAUCGUACGAAACUAUUCGCGUUGAAAGAUGCGAUCGCGGUAUCGUCCGAUUCAAAGGUCAGAACGGUAAAUAUUGGCACGCGGACAGUGAGGGUGUAACAUCCGACGCAGAUGUUCCAGCAGAUGGUUUUUAUCUCGAAUUACGAGAACCUUCACGUAUUUGCAUUAAAUCAACCGAUGGCAGAUACCUUUCAGCUGGUAAGAACGGAGUGUUCCGUCUUGGGGAUACGGAUUACGAGUCAGCGACAAAAUGGGAAUUCUAAACAACAAAAAAGAAAAAGGAGAAAAAGACGAUGAAGAAGAAGCAUAACGCAAUCAGCAUUUGGGUGCACGAUCUGCGCCCCAAUUCCCGCUACGCAACUCUAAACGUUUAUCGCGCAAGUUUACUACUUAAGAUAGAAAGGUAAAAACAAAAAAUAACAAUUAAAAAGAAAUAAUAAUAAUAAUAAAAAACAUGUAUACAUGUGACAACGACAUAUGGAAGAAUAAUAUUGCCCUCAUCUUUUAUAUACGCACAGACUAGCGGGGUAAUAAGACUUUUUUAUAUUCACUACGUAAAAUACACACUUGCGUGUCAUCAUUGGUAAUAUAUAACAUACAAUAGAUACAUGCGGUGACUACGAUUGGCCAAUCUCCUUUGAUGUAUUAAUCAAGUCUAUUGAAUCUGGUACGUAGCGAUUCAUUCAUUAUGAGAUCAAGGAGAUCGAUCAUGACCGUACACGGGUGUAUAAUAACUAAAUAUUUGUAAUGCUUGGUGAAAUUGAACAUAUACAUAUACAUAAAGGCCUGGUUUUUGUAAUUGCUUCACAAUCAGCAGUAGCAGCAGCAGCAGCAGCAAAUAUAUAAUUAUAUGCAUAUGGACGUACAUUUUAUAAGUAUAAUAUAUAUAUAUCAUGCAGAUCAAUGCACCGCGUGUUCCUCUCUAAUAAUAGCUGCAAUCUCCGAAUACGUAUAUUAUUUAUAUUAUUAUGUAGUAUGUGAUUAUUGCAGUCCGCGACCGAUAAAACCAAGAAUAGGGAGAGAAAUAGAGAGAUGAACAAAAAACCAUACUUACAAAAACAGCACCAACACAAUUUUUUAUACUUUUCUACGCGCCCUUAUCGCGAUCGUAUAUGUAUGAACAUACAUACCUAUGUAUAUUGAAAUAAAAUUAUGUAUAUCUAUGCAUAUUCGGUACAGUUGUCAAAAUAGAUUAAGAAUUUGACAAUAUACAUGGAAGUACAUUACAUACCUAUUAAAAAAGGAAGGCAAAACCAACCAAAAAAAAAAUAGGAAAUACAUUUUGAGAUUUGAUAAAAUUUAUAUUAAAAAAAAAAAAAAAAAAAAAAAAAAAAAA